AUGCUGAGGAGACGGAACCUUCUCACCACUCUUCUUAUUGUCCUGCCAUGGGCUCUGCUGCUAACACUAUGGCACCAGAAUCCUACCACUCGUUACCUCGCACUUCAAAGAAAAGACACAGGUGACAAUUCCACAGCCAAACCUCUCCUUAGCAAUGUAACUCAGAUGAAAGAUGAAUCCCUGCACUGUGGCCACCAACACGUUACUCGAGAAACUCCCAUGGUUGUUAGGACAUAUGUAUAUUCGCGGCCUCCGCCUUGGUCCGAGGAUCUUCCCAUUAUCUAUGUGAUAACGCCAACCUACACAAGGCCUGUACAGAAGGCAGAGCUGAUCCGACUAGCCAACACCUUUCUACAUGUUGUCAAUUUGCACUGGAUUGUGGUGGAAGAUGCUCCUAGACGAACCAAACUGGUGGCCAAUCUGUUGGAGAAGUCAGGAAUUAACUUUACCCAUCUGAAUGUAGAUAGCCCACGCAAUUUAAAGAUAGGCUUAUCAAGGAUGCCAACGCAUACACCACGAGGAACAAUGCAAAGAAACCUGGGUUUGCGCUGGCUCCGAGACAAUAUAAACUCUUCCAACCCACCAGAUGGAGUGGUAUAUUUUGCAGAUGAUGAUAACACAUACAGUCUGGAACUCUUUGAGGAGAUGAGAUACACACGGACGGUGUCUGUCUGGCCAGUGGCUUUUGUUGGAGGUUUGAGGUAUGAAUCGCCUAAAGUCAGUACAACAGGAAGAGUUGUUGGUUGGAAGACUGUUUUUGACCCUAAUCGUCCUUUUGCUAUUGAUAUGGCUGGGUUUGCCAUCAGCCUUCGACUUAUUCUGGAAAGACCCUAUGCUAAUUUCAAGUUGGAAGGCGUUAAGGGUGGUUACCAGGAGACCAGCCUAUUAAAAGAUCUGGUCACAGUGGAUGGACUGGAACCCAAAGCCGCCAACUGCACUAAGGUUUUGGUUUGGCACACAAGGACCGAGAGGCCUACACUUGUGAAUGAAGGUAAACGAGGAUUCACAGACCCCAAUAUAGAAGUUUAG